AUGUCGCAACGGCCGUCACCGACGCCGCCGCGGCCGGACGACGAGUGCCGCCGCGAUGGCCACGGGUCGCCGGCCGACCGGUCGUCCACCGGCGUGCAGCCCGCGAGACGGUCGAGUCGCGCAUCGCCCGGACCCGACGAGCACGCCAGUGGCCGCGAAGACCUGCAGCAGCAGCAGCCGACAGUCGUCACUUGCCGAGCGGACGUCGACGUCGGACACUUGCCACGACCAGAGCACCGGAGCUCGUCAACCAAAAUUAGACAUGAGAAACUUAGACAAAUCCACACUGCUGAUUUUGUGUUGGCCUAUAAAAGACGACGGAAAUCUAUGGUUAAAGAGGACGGCAGUAAACUAGACGAUGAAACCGAAAGACAACGGUUUUACAAUGAAUUGCGAGCACAAGGGAUACUGGUGAAUGUCGACGAUGAUCCAACGUGUUCACUAGAUGCGGGCCGAACGUCUUUUGCUUUGCUACAGAUGUCCCAGCGACUCCUAAGAUGCCGGUGCAAAUGUCACACUACCAGUGAAAAUAAUGGCGAUCUUAGUGAGGACGAACCAACCAAUCCCAAAGACGUUAAUCAUCAACAGCAUUCAAAUGAAAAUUUAAAUCUCGAAAAAUUAACAUCAGCCCAACGGACUCAGAUCGUGUGGCAAAUCAUACUCCGAAUAGGAUUCGAUAACACGCGAGACGCACGCGUAAUAAGCCUUGAAAAGCUUCUUGAGGAUGGUAUAUUUACUGCCGCGUAUCCAGUGCACGAUGGCAAUAUUAAGCUCGGCGAGGAGGAAGAUCCGAACAACAUGAACGAUAGACGGAUUCUGUACGAAGAAUGGGCAAGACCUGGAUUGAUCAUUCCCCGUCAAUUGAAAUCGGACGAAAGGAUUACUGCUUUGAUCCGGAAAUACUACGGCAUACCUGUAGCCGUUUACUUUUCUUGGCUUCGGUACUACACCGUGUGGCUAGUGGGUCCUGCCAUAGUUGGUCUGGUGUGGUUCCUGUACGGGUUGAUAACGACGCGCAGCGAUGUACCAACCCAGGACAUUUGUGAUCCGAAAUCACCAGUGGCCGAAUGGAUUUUAUGCCCGACCAGACAGUGUGAAGCUGGUUUUUGUGGCUUCACUCGAGUACUUGACACUUGUGGCCUGUACAGGUGGACGUCUGCAGCGACUUUCGAUCGACCUGGUGCCGUCGCAUUCGCAGUUUUCAUGUCAUUUUGGGCCGCGGCGUUCCAGCAACUGUGGACCGCCCACGCUUGGCAGCUGGACGAUCAGCGCGAUGACAAAACAGGAAGCGACGACGGCGCCCCGGACGUGUGCUGCCGCGUCGGUUGCGCCGGCCGGACCGGAAGUCGAGUACCGGCCGCCGAGGGACAACAGCCGCCGCCACCGCCGCAAGCCGAGCAACAACGGUUCUUGGUCAGCCGAGCCGCAGUGGCCGCGGCCAACAACGCAGUCCGACGGUGGUAUGCAGUCAAACUGGUGCCGGCCACGUUCCGGGUCAUUGUGUUUAUCGCCACGCUAACAGCCGUGGCCGCGGUGCCCGUACUGAUCGUCGUGUACCGCGGCCGGGCCAUCGGUUGGCUUAUGAUGGCCGUGUUCCACCAGGAGGAAGCGACCGCGCACCGCGAGAACGCCGCCGCGGCCGUGCACCACCGGCACCAUAGUUUCUUUCUACUAAACUACGCCAACAGCGGAGAGCUGAGCAACUGGAAGACCGCGGUGGCCGCCACGUGCGCCGCGUUUGUGCAGCUUACCGCCAUCGUGGCCGUGCACCGGGGCUACAGCGCGGUGGCCAAAUGGCUGACCAAGUACUCGUACCGAUCGGUGUACGACCCGGGAUUCCAGAGCCGUUACACCGCAUACAUGUCUUGCUUCGAUUCCGUCAACUACUAUUCCAGUUUGGUUUACAUCGCAUUUUUCAAGGGCCGGUUCGUGACCGGAGGCCGAGGACCACGCACCACGGACACCCCGUCGAGGCUGUCAAACGUAUGGCCGGUCACCAUGUUCCGAACACUAGUGCUGCACGUCAGGGAGGACGUGUGCGACCCGGCGGCCGCGGGCACGGGGUGCGUGCCUGAGCUGUGCACGCAGCUGGCCAUCAUAAUGGUGGGCAAACAGUUGGUGGACAACGCGAUCGAGCUGACGAUGCCGCUCGCGUUGAACGUGUGGCGCCGAUGGCGGGCCAAGGAGAGCCGCCGCCGGAAGAAACUGCACGGCAAGCUGCCGGAUACCAUCGCCGAGACGCUCAAGCACCCGAAACAGUGGCAACUUGACUAUCAGCUCGAAGACACCGGGCCGCUGGGCCUGUACCAGGAAUACUCGGAGAUGGUCAUCCAAUACGGGUUCGUGGUCAUGUUCACCACCGCGUUCCCGCUGGCCCCGCUGUGCGCCCUGCUCAACAACGUUUUGGAACAACGGUUGGACGCGUACAAAAUGGUGGCGGCCACACGGCGUCCCGUGCCCGCGUACUACUGCACCGACACGGGCACGGACAAUGCCCGGCCACGAGUCCCGGCAUGCUGCGACAACUGUAUCAAGCUGGGCACGUGGAUACGAGUGCUGAAAGUGUUGUCCGUCGUCUCUGUUCUGUACAACGCGUUUAUGAUCGCGUUCACCAGCGACCUGCUACCACGGUACGUUUACUCUCAAAUCUCGGCGGAAAAAAUGUCUCCGUUGGACGGCUACGUCGCUUGGUCAUUAUCUUCGAAAAGAAACGUAAGCGAAUAUUAUUACGGGCAACCAGAAGACAUGGUCAAUGCACCAGAAGUAUGCCGAUACAGAGGAUACGGAGCUGAUGCUGAAUCAGAGCAUAAUGACUACAGAAAAUGGCAAGUGUUAGCGGCUCGUCUAACUUUUGUCAUCGUGUUCGAGCACUGCGUAAUAGGAGCCAUCACGGGCCUGGCAUAUUUUAUUCGAAAAAUGGUCGCCAAGUACAAAAAGUUGUCGACGACGCGGGACAACGAACCGUCCGUAGCCGCCCGUGCGAACGGUACAGCGACAGUGAUCGACGGCGAACAAACCGUGGUCGACGGCACAGAACGAACGCAGUCAAACGAACGUGGCAACGAUCUGACGUCGUCAUCGUCAUCUGUAGUGAUAGUCGACAUGGAAGACGACGACACGAAUGACGCAGACGUUAGUGAAGACAUUCUGGAGAAGUCAGAGAACGCGGCGGCGGCGAUGCGUUGAGCUCGGUCGAUCGGUUCCACUACGCGCUACUAAUACAGUGUGAUGGGCAUGGCGCUCUCCGGAUCGUUCUAAACUCCUGUGCUGGUGAUUUCCCCGAGAAGUGCAGCUUGACCUGGG